CAGUUACGAGCUCAAGCUGAGGACCCAACCCUUGGUCCCCUUGCUGCUGACGAGAAUUUUGAAACACAAGGCUUUUCAAAAAAUCUGGUUUGAGUAUCAGCCUAUCCUGCUGCACAUUGCGUCUCUGAAAACAAGGCCUUGUUUGACGCUCACUUCAAGCGCAUGGUUUGCUUAUCCUGCAUACUUGAUUGAUCUUGUGGCCAGUGCUUCUUCACGUCUUCUUCACUUCCAAUUCGGAAUUACUGUUGCUCUAAGGGCACCUCAUUUGCUUUGUCAGGAUACCGCUUUGAGCUAUAUUCUUUAACCAACACAAUUCUCAAGAAAAUGGCGUCCGCAGGGUACGAUGAGCAUUACCCCACGUUUUACAUUGGGCAGCAUGAGACCCAGCGCUCCCUGCCUGUCACGGAUGAGAUACUCCGUCAAGCGCAAGCAUGGAAUUAUGAUAUGCUUACCACGCCAAUCACGACGCCGUACUUUCACUCGCGCGUGCUAACCCUUCUUUCUAACUAUUUAUCGGAGCUUUCGAGUCUGUCUGGUGACGACCUCACGCUGUCAAGCAGCAAUACACUUCCGAGCAACCUAUCCGAUGUUAGGCCGCCGAAGUCAGAGCCUCCAGCCCCCGUCAUACCUUCUCUGAGUCCUGUGGACACUCCGCUGACACCCAAUGAUACUAUCUCGCAAAUCAUCGCGUGCGCAAGCUCUUGGAUUGAUCUGGCAUCUCCGGACCCGCUGAUCGCGAACAUCUCAAGACAAGUUUUAAAUUUGGAAAUGGCAUACGCAGCUUUUUGUGGCGUUGGAAACAUUGUUAUUCCAGGGCCGCGCCUGCACCACCAGGGUAGAAAUACUGGAGAAGGCAUCGCACAAUAUGCUCGCGCUGUGCAGGAGGCCCUUGCUGCGGGGCCAUUUCUGCAGGUUCUGAUAAACCUCCCUAUGGUUGACCAGAUUGAUGCGGAGCUGGAUGAGGAUGUGAUGGGCAGCUUAGCACCGUUUGCGCGGGAUCAAUACACCUCUCAAAGCACGUUGGGAAGCAGCAAACCUGGAAGCAAGAAGGUAGACAUGUUCGGCACAUGGGAUGCGUGGCACAUUAUCAGAACAAUGUGUAAAUACAAUUCGCGGUUGUCCGUAGUACUCAACCUGCCGCGUCAUCAUCCUCCGGCAGCAGUCCAGUCGAGGUGGCUUUCGGAGCCAGUCCGCAUCAUUUCAAUCCACCAAAACAGUUUCCUUAAAAACAGUAAAGGCUAUCCGGUCCUCUCUAAAGCCAAUCAAAACAUCAUCACACGCUUCAUGCGACUCCGGACUCCGCCAUGGUUCCUACUCAGUGACGUGGGCCCCAUCCCAGGGUUUGAGCUGAACAACAACCCGCAAGCAACCGCGGCCGCGGCCGCAUCAGCAGCGGGUUUUCUUAGUCCCAGCGCAACAGCUGAUGCCGCAGGCGGAGUCAGCAAAUCACCAUCACCAGGCGCAUCGUCACCGACUCCUGCUGAGGCUGCAGCCGCGACACAGCAGUCUGCAGAGGCCUCAAAACGCUCCAAAGACCCUACUCCCCACCUAAGCUACAUGCGACACUUGCAGCGAAACCAACCUGCUAAAACGCCCAUUGAGCGUUUUGGCGCAGGAUACCAGGACUACCUCCAAGCGCCCCUCCAGCCUCUGGCCGACAACCUAGAAAGCAUCACUUACGAAGUCUUUGAAAAGGAUCCUAUCAAAUACGAAUGGUACGAGCGAGCAAUCACUCGGGCUCUGCGGGACUGGGUAGAUUACAAGAAACCCAUGUCCGGGCCGCGGGGCAGAUCAGUCGUCAUCGCCGUCGUCGGUGCAGGACGUGGACCCUUAGUCACUCGCGCAUUAAGAGCCAGCGAAGCCGCUCGCGUCCCCGUCGACGUCUGGGCCGUUGAGAAGAACCAGAACGCAUACGUUCUCCUGCAAAGACAUAACGAAGAAGACUGGGGCGGAUGUGUCCACGUCGUCAAAUCAGACAUGCGCGCAUGGAAAGGACCCUGGUGGGAUGAAUCCGAGCUUCAGGAGGAAAGAGGCACAACCUCAAGUUCCAUUCCAGAAGAGCCCGAACUCGACGAAGACGACCUAAGCCUAGCUGGCAGCAGCGGUUUCGGCGUCGUCGACAUCCUCGUCAGCGAGCUCCUUGGUUCCUUUGCCGACAACGAGCUCAGCCCUGAGUGUCUCGACGGCGUACAGCAUGUCCUGAACCCCAUGCACGGCAUCAGUAUCCCAUCUUCGUACACUGCGCAUUUAACUCCCAUUUCCGCGCCAAAACUACACGCAGACAUUGCUCUUCGCACCCCCGCCGACUCGUCUGCCCCCGAAACGCCCUACGUCGUCAUGCUACAUGCGAUUGAUUUCUUAUCGACAACUGCCGUAGCCACCGAGCCAACAGCUGCACAAGAAGCAGAAGGCACAGGCACUCCUUCCAUCCCCCCAGCUCUUAAUGCAUCGGCCGGUAGCGGAACUACAACAACAUUCCAACCAAACAUCAAAAUCGCUUGGGAAUUCGAGCACCCCGCGCCCACUAAUACCCUGCUCUUUAGCCAAUUGCGCAAAGGCGGCGGCAUCCAGAGUGGCGGAGGAGGUCUCGCUGGCGGUGAUGGCGCAAACGAACAUAAUGCCCGAUUCGCAAAACUCUCGUUCCGCUGUAAAGAUCGUGGCGUGUGUCAUGGUCUCGGCGGGUAUUUUGAAACCGUCUUGUAUGAUGAUGUCGAGCUGAGUACGAAUCCCGUAUCCAUGGCGCAUAAGAGCAAGGAUAUGAUUAGUUGGUUUCCGAUUUAUUUUCCUUUGAAGGCACCGAUUUAUUUCCCAGAUCAUUCAGAGCUAGACGUCUCUAUUUGGCGUCAAACGGAUGAUCGAAAAGUUUGGUACGAGUGGAUGGUAGAGGCUUUUGUUCUUUUGGGCGAGAAGAGAGUUAGGUUGGGCGUUUCGGAUCUGCAUUCGAGUAAGAAGAAUGGUUGUUUGAUGUAGAAAUCGUCUCUUAGCGAGAGUUGGAAAGGGAAAAGCACAUGGCGGAUAAAUUUGUUUGAUUCUGAGAAAAACAGGAAUCUAUUUGGACUAUUGUGAGGAAGGUCAUGCAUUUAGCAUGUAAGGGUGGAAAAAUUAAGUUCUGGACAAUCAAUGCGGAUGAUGAGACACAAUUGC